UUUGAUUUCGACGCAAGCAUUUAGUAGACGCGUAUCGCCUGUUUGAAUAUAGUUUCUUUCUACUUAAAGCAUCAGAUUGAUUUUUAUAUUAUCAUGGAUCCCAUAAUGGAUGUUAUAAAAAAUUCAGAAGAGCCUGAAUGGCUUGAGAAGUCAAUAAUUGGUGAAGUACGACUAUGGCAAAUAAUGUUCCUGUGUUUAGCAGGUGUUACAUCUCUGAUUGUGAUGUCGUGCUGUUGUUUCCGUUUCCGUAUACCACGCACAAAGCAACAGAUCGAAGCUGACUAUAAGCGUCGAAAGAUUACAACAAAGUUCCGACAACAGCUGGAAACUAUUCAAGAUUCUAAAAUGGAUACCAUCUCACUUAAAGACGCUUUGGAACUAUUACACGAGAAAAGCCAUUCGAUGGAGGAAGAAAAUCAGCAGGGAUCUCAACCCAGCUCUAUAAUGUCACCGCAGCAGAGUUCAUUGGAAGCGUCUUUCCAACCGGAAGGAAACCCGAAACCCGAAACUCAAGCAUCUGGUCUCAAUUUCGUCAAAUUUGCGACAAAAGUGGCCAACUUGUCCAAACUUUCUCAACCAAAAUCACCGACUUCGCCCACAACAUCCGACACCAAGAUGGAAUUUUAGUGUAACUCUUACAAUAAGGAAAACGCUAGUCGUAAUCCAUUAAUAAAUCAUACUCGAUAGAAAAAUAUAUCACCAACGGAGAAAUACAAUACAAAAACUAAUAUAAAUAUUACAAGCCUUUUAAUUUUUGGUUCAAUUAUCCAAACAUAAGUUUAUAUUAAAAUUAAAAUGAAUGCCUCAAUUAUUAAUGUUGUUAUCAAAAUAAUAAGCAAUGAGGUCAUAAUAAUUAAGUCCACUUUACCUCCAACCCAUCAACAUCCAAUGAAUGGAGAUAAAUAGUAACAUAUUAAUUUAAUAGGACUAAAAAUAAUUAACAAAUAUUAUUUCUAGUCUAGUAGCAAAUAAAAUUACUACAAAUCGAAUAAAAAUAAUGUCGUGCUGUUUCUCUUUCAAGAGUGAGCCAGUGUAAAUAUAGGCAAAAAUUAAUGGAGGCAUAACUUUUUAGUGCCCGUGAUAUAUGUGAGGAAAUUUCUAAAAAUACCAAUGAGCGGUAGUAAACUCAUACAUACCCGGGUUCCCGUCUAUAUUCCUUGCAUAGUCUAUGAACUUAUUUGACAAAUUACUUGCUAAGAUUAAAUAAUCAAUAGCGCGAAUACUUUACUUUCAAACUAUUAUAUUCACUGAUUAAAAAAUAGAUUUAAUUCAAUUUUUUAAGACGACAGAGUGUAAACUUUUUAGAGUUAGGUUAGAUUUUAAUCAAUAAUUUUUAUGAAUGAAUUACUGAAAUUGUACAACUACAAGUUUUUAAUAGGUUUUAGGAUGUGUAUUGAAAAAAAAAUAAUCUCAUUGCCUACAAAAUGUUUGUUGCUUAUCAUUGUUGCUUAUUUAUAUUUCAAAGUUG